AUGGCUCUACAACCUUUUACGAAUGAGCAGCUUAAUUAUUUCAAAUUUGCCUCCAUUGUACUGAAUGAAUUCGCCAUUGCUCUGCGUCAGACAUUCAAAUCCAUGUGGGACAACAGAUUUGGACAUCGUCCCGGGUAUCAACUGUGGGAUAACUCCACCGUAGUAAGAAAUUUGCUUCUCGCUGAAGAAGGUGGAAAAACCAAAGUUCCUACACAAAUCACCUAUGAAGAAUGGGAUUGCACCGCCCUGUUCCAGGCCACCAUCUAUGCAAGGUCCUUCGCUACGUUAGACAGCAAAGGUCAUUACGAGACACUUGGUGAACUGUACGUAAAGCACCAUAGAGUAUCUCCUGGGUAG